CUCGUUUGGUAGUGCGCUGGAAUUGAGCAAGUUUGAGGUGGCUAUACGUCUGGCCAUGCGGAUACCCUGCGGCCAUGGCAAAUAUGCGGUGGGCAAGGUUCAUCUGCCGAGUUGAUAUACUGCUAGUAUGGACGCGUGCUUUUGGAUGUCCCAUCUCAAUUUGUCAAACAGCCAUUUGAUUUCUCCUCAUCCUUUUCCUCUGGAAAGCCGAUACUGCUGUCGAAAAUGUCACAUUCAAUGUCAAUGGGCGGCGAAAGUUCGUCAGAGUGCAAAAUAUCCGUAGGUUCCGUAGGCGUUGAUUAACUUGCCUUGUGGGGUCUGACAAAGAGUAGAUGCUCUGGAACUGGUAUACGGUCGAUGCUUGCUUUCUAGCAUCGACCUGGCAUAUCAGGACCACUGGAAUGUUUGCUGCGUCUUGUGUAGGAGUCUCCCUCCUCGUGGUGUGCCUCGAGUUUCUACGGCGAUUGGGCAAAGAAUACGAUUCCUACAUACUUCGUCAGUUCCAACGAAGAGUUGCCAGCCUCCAAUAUCUUCCCAGAGUAUCACAUAUCGCUCCAAAGUUCGACGAUGAGCGCAAUCCGAGUGGCUGUGGUCCCGAUGCGUCUUGUGCCCCUCCUCUUCCUGAGCAGAAGUACAUCACAUUCCGAGCGACGCCAGUCCAGCAAGUCACCAGGGGUAUCAUCCACGCGGCGACGUUCGGUGUUGGGUACAUGGUCAUGUUGCUGGCCAUGUAUUUCAAUGGCUAUAUCAUCAUCUCUAUCGUUAUCGGCGCCUUUCUAGGCAAAGUUCUGUGCGAUUGGAUGGUUGUGAGGUUGCCGCUCGUCAUGGAUCAAUCUCUUGAUGACUCGCGAGGAGAAGAAGCUGGUAUCUCGGAACCCACUGUGUGUUGUGGAUGAAUGGUGCGGCGUGGGUGCAAUGAAGGCUAGGAGAUGUAGAGUCAUGCUAGUGACCAUACGUAUUGUGUAUCGAGAUCAGCAUCACUUUGCCAGC